AUGAUUGUUAAUUAUUAUAAACAAUUAAUAUUUGAAAAUGAGACAAUUAAAUAUCGUGAUUUAACGAAGCAUAUUGCCGAUACACUUGGAGUUGGAUUAAAUAAGGUGCAAACAACCGUCUCUGAGUACAAGCAAUCGAGAACUGUGACUUCAAUCAACAGAAGAAGAAAAAAACCUGGUGUUGUGGAUACAAUUGAUGAUUUUGAUAAGACCGCUAUCCAUAGAAAGGUGCAUUAAUUUUGGCUAAAUAAAGAACUGCCAACCAUUGUGAAGGUAUUAACGAAGACAAUACAUUGCCAAAUUUGAAGGAAAGCUCUGAAGAGCUUAAAUUUUUAAUUUAUAAAACGCCAAAGAAAUAGUAUAUUAACAGAAAGAAGAGAUCUUGUCAGUUGGAGAAGACAAUAUUUAAUUUCAAUUUGUCGUUUUCGAGAAGAAGGUAGACCCAUUUAUUGCUUAGAUGAAACAUGGCUUAAUACCGGCGAUUAUGUGAAUAAGGUUAGGAUUGACACAACCAUUAGGUUGAGUAAAAUGGCAUUCCUGGAAGAUCUAUCUUCUGGCCCCCAGAACCCAACUGGCAAAGGUACGAGGUUAAUUGUAUUACACAUUGGGUCUGCAGCUGGUUUCGUGUCAGGUGGUCUUUUGUGUUUUGAAUCCAAAAAACAUAUCAGAUUACCAUGACGAAAUUAAUUGUCAAACAUUUCAAGAAUGGUUGAAGGAAAUAUUGCCUCUUUUAGAAGAUAAUGCCGUGAUUGUAUUGGAUAAUGCACCAUAUCACUCUGUCAAAAAAGAAAAAAUUCCAACAAUGAGUUGGAAAAAGGCAGACAUAUUGGAAUGGCUGGUUUCUAAAGGUGAAGAAAUCGAUCCUACACAAUUGAUCAAAAAUGAUCUAGAAAUCGUCCAACAUUAAAAACCAAAGUAAUAAUUAAAAUAUAAACUAUUCAUAUUAUAUACUACUAUUAAUUUUUUUUUUUUUAGAUACAAUGCAUACAUAAUUGACGAAAUGGCCAAAGAUGCUGGAAAUAUGGUUUUGAGACUGCCCCCCUACCAUUACGAAUUAAAUGCGAUUGAAAUAGUGAAGUCUUAUGUAAAAUCAAACAACACAACAUACAAGACCACUGACAUCAAACAUCUGCUUCAUGAAAUGAAGAAAAUUAAUGUUAAAUAUGUUUAAUUCACCAUAUAAGGCAUUUAUAGUAAAAAUUCUUAAUUAAUUGAAUAUAUAUUUAAGUAAAGAGUUUAAUGUGGUCUCUAGUUUAUUGACAUGUGUUUGAUAUGCUGAACCCCAAAAAGCAAUUCCAUAUGUAAGUAUAGAUUGUACUAGAGCAUAGUAUACUAUAUAUUAUAGUUUUUUUAUUCAAUAUAUUUUUUAGAUUUUUUUAAUAAAUAAAACAAUUUUCUUAAAUUAAUCAUUAACAUAUCAAUAUGUACAUUCCACUUUAGAAAAAUCACCAAUAUAAAUACCUAAAUAUUUGAUUGUAUUUGUCUUAAAAAUAGCUGGGCAAUCCCUCCCACAAUUUUUAUUAUCGAGUUUACUGGAUUUAUUAUAUAAAAUACAUUUUUUAAUUUCAGAAUGUGUAUUAUUAUUUUUGAUAUAAAAUUGAAAAAAUUUUGAUUUAUUAUAAUUAAUUUGUAGUGAAUGAUUAUUAAACCAGGUUUUAAUUUUAUCAAGACCAGAGUUUAUGAUGCUUUCAAUAUAACUACGAGAGUUAUUACUAAAAAUAAUAGCAGUGUCAUCAGCAAAACAAAAUAUUUCAUUUUAAUAAAGAACGUUUAUAAAAUGAAGAAUGAUCUUUAAUUUUAUUGGUAUAGUUUGUCAGCUCAUCAGCUUCAAUUGGUCUGGAAAAAAAAUAUAGAAUUAUCAAUAUAACAGUUUUUAUUGAGUUCUUUCCAGUCACGAAUUGUAUAUUUAUAUUUUUUGAUAUUAUUAGAAAUACCACUCUCUAUGUUAAAAAAUAUUGUGUUAAAAAUAUUAGCUAGCUAUUUCUUUUUUGUCAGAAACUACUCUCAUGUUCAUUAAAAAUUUGAUUUAUAUCUGUUAGUUUAUUAGUUUUAGUAUUAGAUGCUUCUUUAAUACAAUUCCAUAACUCCUUUGAAUUAUUACCAGCUUUGAUAAUUUUACUGCCAUAAUGUGGCUCAAAGGUUUUAAAUUUUUUGUUUUAAAACAAACUGAAUUGGCCAGUAUUUUCAGUUAGUUACUAAUUUCAAUUAAGCACAAAUUAAUGCUUUUAGGAUUGGUUGGAAUGGCUUUCCAUCAAUAUUUGACAACUUGAACUGGUGUUAAAAAGUAUUAGUUGAAAACAUUUAUGGUUCAAAUCUUAUAGUAAUAAAUGUCUGCAUCAAUCAUUAUACAAAAAUAAUAGUGAAUCAUAUUUAUAAAUAUUAUCAACCAGGGUCGAGCAGUGGCAAGACGAGAAAAAUUUAAAAAAAAAUCAAAUUAUCAAUUGGAUAUGUAUGUUGUUUAGUUAGAUAUGUUUGUUUUGCAAAUUUCAGUCAAUAAAAGAAAAAAUUGAAAAUUAUGUCAGACAAAAGAGCAAGGGUAGUGAUAGUAAUCAUAAUGAUUAUAUUGAAGAAUCAUAUUUACAAAAGUUCAGGGAUGGAUUGGAACUUUACACCAGCCUAGGAAAAUUAAUAUGUAGCAGCCCAUAUUUGGGAGGGAAGCAACCUGCAAGUGAACCUUGUUGCCCAAGUCAAUUUUUUUAUUAG